AUGGCUUCGGCUGUGCAGCGUUUGUGGCCUGGACGCAAGAAGUUGCGCAAGGAGACGCCCGAAGAUGCUCGGCAGAGAUAUCUCCGCGAAAUUCUGCAUAGAGAAUUGGAAGACAAGAAGCGUGUGGAGCGCGAGAUGCACAACCUUUUAAAGCAGAUUAAUGCGCUUAUCCUCAAAGAUCGAAAGACUGUGGCAGCUUACCAGCGAUCCAACCAGAUUCAGCUCAACCGCUGGAGUGCCGUGUUGUUUAAUCGACUAGAGCAGGCCUUCUUCGCGAUACCGGAACAGCUUUCGACCGUGGAAAUCCGCAUGCUCGCUCACCAAAAGCAUUACGAUGCCAUCAUGAAGCCUCCAGCCGCUGACUUAGCAGCGCAGGACGCCUCUAAAUCGCUCGAGCCACGUCAAAAGAGUCAAAUACUGCUGCAACGAGCCUUUCGAGACUGCUCCUUCCACGUCGACGAAGAUAUUGCUCGCAAACGACAGCAACAGGCAGCGGUCACCGGCGUCAAAAAGCCACCGCCACAGCCUCAAUUCAAACACAGUGACAACCAAGAAGACGAAGUCGACAAGCUGGAAUUAAUCGCAGAAGUCCCCGUCAUAAAUGCUCCACCAGGACUUGCUCCGCAAGUGCGAGGCCAGCUUGAAUCGCAUGGUAAACACACCUUCUUCACAUAUAAUGGACGCUGGAAAGAUGGCGAAAUGCACGCCACCCUCGGAGUCUACACGUUCGCUGACGGUGGCAAAUAUCGAGGCGAGUUCGUUCAUAAUGAACCAUGCGGGAACGGAACCGUAGUGUAUCCGAACGGCGUUAAAUACACUGGCGCUUUUGCUGACGGAAAGUUCCACGGCUUCGGAGUCAUGGAAAUGGAUCGUGGAUACUGCUACGAAGGUGAAUUUAUCAAAGGACAACGCUGUGGGGUGGGGAAGCUACAGAUGCUCCAGAGUGGCGCUGUGUAUCAAGGCGAAUUCUACAAUAAUAUGCGUCAUGGUCAAGGCACAGAGACGAGUGCGCUUGGAUACUCGUACGUCGAACGCGUUCUGGGAUGCCGAAGAGGCUCGUAUGAAACGGCAGAAAGAGGAACGCAUUGA